CGGAAGCGGUGCCCGUGGCGGCGGCGGGCGGGAUGGGGGAGGCGAUCCCGCUGGGCGCGCCGGUGCCGGUGGAGCAGGCCGUGCUGGAGACCUUCUUCUCCCACCUGGGCAUCUUCUCCUACGACAAGGCCAAGGACAACGUGGAGAAGGAGCGGGAGGCCAACAAGAGCGCGGGGGCCAGCUGGCUGGCCCUGCUGGCCGGGCUGGCGCACCUGGCCGCCGCCGAGAAGGCCUACCACAGCAUGACCUUCCUGGGCCAGAAGCUAGGUGGUCAGUCAUUCUUCAGCCGAAAGGACUCCAUCCGAACCAUCUACACAUCUCUGCAUAACGAGCUGAAGAAGGUGGUGGCGACGGGUCGCAAUGCACUAGGAGGAACAGCUCCUCACUUGGAAGAGCUGCUUUCUCACCUGUCUGAACAGCUCUGUUUUUUUGUUCAGGCUCGGAUGGAAAUUGCUGACUUCUAUGAAAAAAUGUACACGCUCAGCACCCAAAAGUUCAUUAACUCUGAGGAACUGGUAAACAUUUUGGAAUCCAUCUUAAAGAAAUACAGCUCAAGAUUUCAUCAUCCAAUCCUCAGUCCUCUUGAAAGCAGUUUCCAGCUGGAAGUGGAUGUGCUUGCACAUCUCUUAAAGGCUCAGGCUCAGAUCUCAGAGUGGAAGUUCCUUCCAUCCUUGGUCAACUUGCACAGUGCUCACACAAAACUGCAGACUUGGGGCCAAAUUUUUGAGAAACAGCGAGAGACCAAGAAGCAUCUGUUUGGAGGGCAGUCUCAGAAGGCUGUACAGCCUCCACACCUCUUCCUCUGGCUGAUGAAGCUCAAAAACAUUCUCCUUGCCAAGUUUAGCUUUUACUUUCAUGAAGCCCUUAGUCGACAAACAACAGCAUCUGAAAUGAAAACUUUGACUGCUAAAACAAAUCCUGAUUACUUCGGAAAAAUUUCCAGCUUCAUCCGGAAGUAUGAUGCCGUCAAUGUUUCCUUAAUUUUUGACAAUCGUGGAUCAGAGAGUUUUCAGGGACAUGGUUAUCAUCACCCCCAUUCUUACAGGGAAGCCCCCAAAGGAGUGGAUCAGUACCCUGCAGUGGUGUCUCUGCCCAGUGACAGGCCUGUUAUGCACUGGCCCAAUGUAAUCAUGAUUAUGACUGAUAGAACCUCUGACCUCAACAGUUUGGAGAAGGUUGUUCACUUCUACGAUGACAAAGUCCAAAGCACGUACUUUCUAACUCGCCCCGAACCUCACUUCACCAUUGUAGUUAUUUUUGAGUCCAAGAAGUCAGAAAGGGACUAUCAUUUUAUUUCUUUCCUUAAUGAAAUUUCACAUUCCCUUAAGAACUCCAAAGCUUUUGCGAGCUUGAAGCCUGGAUCCAAAGGGUAAAAUACAAACUACCUACAAGUUGUCAAGGCAGUAUGCCAGCAUUGGGGAAACUAGUUUUCAAGGAUUACAUAAAUUUGUGAUUCUCAGAGCCUAAUUAAAAAGGAACCAUUAUUUUUAAUGUUUUACGUUCCUUUUUUUAAGCUAACAGAUACUUGAAGAAAAUUAUUUUGGGGCAGUACCUAGUGGGACAACUUAAUUGUGGGGUGCUAAGUGGCCACAGUAGGAUCUUUUUGUGUGUUUUUCAAUUUUCAGUAUGAUUUAUUUUCUCAAUCCACAACUUUGUUGUCUGUAUCAGAAAGGAAUGUAUGCACUUUAUCUUAGUCUGAUCAUUGACUGUCUUCUACAGAGUUUAUUGAAAAUGUGUUGGGGAUGGAAGAUACUAUCUUUUCAUAAAACUGCAUUGCCUGACAGGAGUGAUUUCUGGGAACUAAACACUGAUACAAGGGAAUAUUAAAGAAAGUGAACCUGCAAGGACACAUUUUAAAUAAAAAUGUGAGAAUCACAAAAGGCACUAUUUUUAAUUACAACUUGGUUUUCAAAUGGUUUAGAAUGAUAAUAGAGGUCUCUGACACUCUGUUAAGCACCCGUCUCUCUUCUGAACACUGUGUGUCAUAAAGCUUUGUCAUUGCUCCAGAGCACAGGCUGCAGCCUGAGCUGGAAGGCCAGUGCUUGCUGGAGUGUUGUGACAUUGUGUGUUGAGUACCAGUCUUGGCUCGAAUUAGCUGAAGGAGACAAGCUGAGGUUGAGCAGGUAUUCUGCAAGGAACACCCCAAUGGGAAAAGCAGCAAAGCUUUUGUUAAAAUAUGCUUCUCUCUGGCCAAGUAAAUAAAUAAAAUAAAAUAAAGGCAGUAGGAAGUGCCCUUUGUAAAUGAGUUAUUUUCUAAUUUGGUGUUAGGGUCAACCUGAUUUUCAGAUUUUAAUAAGUAUAUAGUUUUUUCUUUCUGUUCAGUUUUAAAUAAUGUCAUGAUUAAGCCAAAUAACUUUUGGAACUUGGAUGUAAAUAUAUAGCCUAUGCAGCAUGUUUACCUCAUUCUAAAAUGUCUCUUUCACUACUUCUAGGCUGCAGGUUUGGAAAGAGUGUGUUUUCUGGUUACCCUGAAAGUGCUCUAUUUUGGAAAUCAGUAUUUCCAAGUACAAUAAAAGGGUCAAAUUGGC